UCCCCGCUAUUACCAGACCCAUUACUCCAAGCCGUUGCUGUUCACAUUCUUCAUUCUAUCCCACCAAAUCAUCAUCAAAAUACCCUCAAUCUGUGAACUCAAAGCCCACAUUUCUAAGAUAUCCGCCCCACCAUUUUUCCGUUUCUUCUUCUCCAUCUUCAUAUUAUUGUCCUGCAUUCUCUCUCAAGAACUUAAUUAGCCGCUUGUUUUAUCCAAGUUUUGUGCUUUCAUUGUUUGUGAACCAAGAACCCUUUAGACAGCUCAUAUAAUAGAACCAUCCAGUCAUCUGAAGCCAUAUCACAGAUCAAAGCCAAAGGUGUGUAGUCGAAUAAUCUAAGAAGGGAGAAGGAAUGGCAGAAAGUGCAGUCAGCCUACUUAUACAGAAUUUGAUCCCGUUGUUAGCCCAAGAAGUAAGAUUGCUGGAGGGAAUCCACGACAAAGUUGUUGACAUCAAAGAUGAACUUGAGAGCAUUCAGUCCUUUCUCAAGGAUGCAGAUGCAAGGGCCGAGAUGGUAGACAUGAGCAACGUUGUAAAAACAUGGGUCAAACAAGUAAGAGAAAAAGCUUAUCACAUAGAAGAUGUUAUUGAUGAAUACAAACUUCAUUUAGCAAAACAUCACCAAGGGCGAAGGAAACGCUUUCGUUUCCUUUUGAAAGUUUUUCAAUUUACCUUAAAACUAAAGCCGAGACAUGUGAUAGCCUCCAAGAUUCAAGAUAUCAACAAAAGUCUCAAGGUAAUCAGAAAGAGAGGUGAAAGAUAUGGAUUCAACACCAUAGAGCAAGGAGGAUCAACUAGUGACACUAGACGUGAUACAUGGCAUGACCCUCGUGUGGAAUCUCUUUUCAUUGGGAAAGCUGAGCUUGUGGGCAUUGAGUCUUAUAGAGAUGAAUUGAUUGGUCAAUUGGUACAAGGACCAUCUAAUCGUUUGGUGAUUUCAGUGGUUGGCAUUGGUGGGCUUGGCAAGACCACUUUAGUAAAGAAAGUGUAUGACAAUGAGAAAGUGGUAGCACACUUUGAUUGCACUGCCUGGAUCACUGUUUCUCAAUCAUACAAGAUGGAGGAGCUCUUGCGGAAAAUGAUAAAGCAGUUCUACGAGGCAAGGAAAGAGUAUGCUCCUAGGAGAAUUGACACAAUGGAAGAGACAGAUUUAAUUAAAGAAUUGAGGCAAUAUGUACUUGAACAGAGGUACGUGGUAGUUUUUGAUGAUAUAUGGAACACAAUGUUUUGGGGACAUAUAAAACUUGCUUUGCCGGAUAACAACAAAGGUAGUAGAAUAGUGCUUACAACCCGAAGUGAGAGUGUUGCUCCCUCCAACAAAGAAUCUCCAUCAAAUCAUGUGUACAAGUUGCCACCUCUACCAUUAGGAGAAGCUUGGGAACUGUUUUGCAAGAUGGUGUUCCAACAUGAAGGCGGGCAUUGUCCCGUCGAGUUGGUUGAAUUGUCACACGACAUAAUUAAGAGAUGUGAAGGGUUGCCAUUAGCAAUUGUAACUAUAGGAGGUCUUUUAUCAACCAAAGAUAAGGUUAGCUCUGAGUGGCACAAAUUCUGUGAUAGCCUUAGUUCGGAGCUAGAAAGUAAUCCUCACCUCUUAAAUAUCACCAAAAUUCUAUCUCUUAGCUAUUUUGAUCUACCUUACUACCUCAAACCUUGUUUCUUAUAUUUCGGCAUGUUUCUAGAGGAUUACUUUGUUAAUAGUGCAAGACUAAUACGGCUUUGGAUUGCCGAAUCUUUUAUAAAAGAAAAGCAAGGGCUAACAUUGGAAGAUGUUGCACAAGACUACUUGAACCAGCUCAUUUAUAGAAGCAUGGUUCAAGUGGCAACAAUUGAUUUUUCUGGAAAAACUAGAAGCUAUCGAGUUCAUGAUAUGAUGCGUGAGGUCAUUCUUUCUAGGUUAGAGGAAAUAGCCCGACGCCUUUCAAUUCAAAAUAAUGUAAAUACUCCUAUGGAGACAAUUACUAGUUCCCAAACUCGUUCCAUUCUCAUUUUGGGGAUAGAUGAAGUGUCCAUUUCUUUUUUGACUACUUGUUUUGCGAAUUUCAAGCUCUUGAAAGUAAUGGAUUUUGAAGGUGCUUCUAUAGAUUAUAUUCCUAAAGAAGUGGGAAACCUAUUCCAUCUAAAAUAUUUAAGUUUGAGAGAUACAAAAGUUCAAAUGCUUCAUAAGUCCAUAGGUAAAUUGCACAACCUAGAGACUUUGGAUUUGAAACGUUCCCUUGUGUACGAACUACCGGUGGAGAUCAUUGCGCUUCGUAAGUUGAGAUAUCUUGCGGCCUACAUCGAAAACAAUGAUGCUGAAUUUUCUAUUGAUUUUCGACAAUUGAUAAAGGUGCCAAGUGGCAUUGGGCAUUUAGAGUCCUUACAGAAGCUUCAUAAAGUGGAAGCCAACAAUGCUGCCCUUAUUGCAGAACUAGGAAGGUUAAGGCAAUUGAAGAAGUUGGAAAUCUCGAAACUGAAGAGAGAAAAUGGGAUGGCUUUGUGCACUGCUCUCGAGAAAUUGAGCCUCCUUCGUUCAUUGAGAAUUGGUUCAACAAGGGAGGAAGAAGUUCUUGAAUUACAUUUGAUGUCUUCUCCGUUGCCCUUCCUACAAUCGCUCUGCCUAUUUGGGCGACUAGAAAGGUUACCAGAAUGGAUUCCUAGACUUAAGAGUUUAGUUAGAAUUGAUUUAAUCUGGUCAAGAUUAAUGGAUGAUCCAUUAAAAGUCCUUCAAGCUUUGCCUAAUUUGAUGAAUCUUCGACUUUAUGAGGGAUGUAGAUGUGAGCAAUUACAUUUUGAAGGAGGAGGCUUUCAGAAACUCAAGUCAUUAUGGCUUGGAAAUUUGAGAACAUUGAGUAGGUUGAUAAUAGAAGAAAGUGCCAUGCCUCUUCUUGAACAGCUUGUGAUUGGACCCUCCCCAUUGCUGAAGGAGGUGCCCUCUGGCAUCUACCAUCUAAAAAACCUCAAGUCUCUAGAAGCUCUUAAUUUGUCAAACGAAUUUGUGCUUAGUAUGCAACCAGAUGAAGGUCAUGAUUUUUGGAAAGUCAAGCAUGUUCCCUCUGUCAUUUUCAGAUAUAGGAUUCAAGGGGUACACUUCAUAUUCUACAAGCUUGGUGAUCCAGAGUUGUUGGAAAUGCUCAGAGAUAAUUCAUGAAAUUUCAGAAUGGUUUAAAGUUUCUUUUCGAGUGUCUUUUUGAAAACAAAGAAUACCAACACAGAGAGCACGAGCAUUCAAGAGCAAGAGGCACACAAUACAAAGGAGAAGGAAGGAAGGAACCAAAAUGAUGUUAUACGACGACAUGGAGUGGAACGAUGAACUGCAGGCAUACACGUAUAUAUGCCCAUGCAGGGACCUGUGUUAUUUCUGUGCAACUUAAAUUGUGGGAAAUUCAUGAAUAUUGUUAAAGCUGUGGGGGCAAGAAGUGUUAGAG